CCCCAACAGUUAGUCGAAGUCAAUCGGGGGAAGCGACAUGACCAGCAGCAACAGCCAAGUCAGGGCGUUGGCCUUGUUAACGAUUCUGGGCCUGGUGGCAGGAGCGUGCGCCGCGCUGCACCGAAUACCCGUGCACCGCUCGCAGAAAUUUGUGCGCACUCGUCAAAGCCUCAUUGCCGAAAGGGAGCAUGUGUCGAGGAAAUACAAUCUUAUGCAGAGCAAUAUCAGCAGCAGCAACAGCAGCAGCAGCAGCAACAGCACCAGGUCCAGCUCCAGCACUACCAUCGCUGGAAACUACACCGCUGAGACGCUGACAAAUAUCAUGAAUUUUCAGUACUUUGGCAACAUCAGCAUCGGAACACCGCCACAGUAUUUCAUGGUGCAGUUCGACACGGGCUCCUCGAAUCUGUGGGUACCCAGCGUGAAUUGCUCCAGCUUGGACUGCUCGAGUCGCAAGACCUACAGCUCCAGCGCUUCCACAACGUUUCAGAACAAUGGGAAGACCUUCGCCAUCACUUAUGGCUCGGGCAGCGUGUCGGGCACCCUCUCCACGGAUGUGGUGACCGUCGCAGGGCUGAAAAUUGUGGGACAAACGUUCGGGGAGGCCACCAUAGAGACGGGCACCGGCAUGGAGGAUGCCUCGUUCGAUGGCAUCUUUGGCAUGGCCUAUUCCAGCCUGGCCGUGGACGGUGUGCUGCCGCCCUUUUACAACAUGUGGAGCCAAAAACUGGUCGAUGCGCCCGUGUUCUCCUUCUACCUGGCAAACAAUGGCACCUCGACGGCCAGCUAUGGCGGCGAGCUCAUCCUGGGUGGCUCCGAUCCGUCGCUUUACACGGGCAAACUCAUCUAUGUUCCCGUCUACAGCCAGAACUACUGGCAGUUCCAGAUGGAGGGCGUCACUCUGGGUAGCACCACCUUGUGCAGCUACUGCCUGGCAGUGGCCGAUACGGGCACCUCGCUGAUCAUUGUUCCCACCGCCAUCUAUCAAAAGAUCCUCACCAUAUUGAACAAGGUCAUUGACUGCGCCGACAUUUCAUCCUUGCCCACCCUGACCAUCACCAUCAGCGGUGUACCCUUCCAGAUCCCGCCCAGCGCCUACAUCGUGCAAUUGGAUGGCUUCUGCACGCUGGGCAUCGAGUCCGUAGAGGGCUCUGAUUUCUGGAUUCUGGGCGACAUAUUCAUCGGUCGCUACUACACGGAGUUCGAUUUGGGCAACAAUCGUUUGGGUUUCGCCUCAACGAACUCCGGCAGCGGUGUGGGCGCCUUCUCCCCAUGGAAGAUCCUCGGCCUGGCAGCACUUGGUGCACUGUGGAGGCUGUUCCGAAUCGAUACUCAAAGUAACCAUUAAACACCUAUGAGUGUGAAGUGUGAAUCACAA